UUGGUUGAUUAGAGGGGCGUGGUUGCGGGGGCGGAGCCGUGGGCGGGCUUCCUGCGGGCGCCUUUGCGCUGACCCCCGGCAUGGCGGUGAUGGGGGUGCAGGUGGUGGUCACCCUGCUGGCCGCCAGCCUGAUGCAGAAGAUGGCCCCGCACUGCUCCUUCGCCCGCUGGCUGCUGUGCAACGGCAGCCUGUACAGGUACAAGCACCCCUCGGACGAGGAGCUCUGCGCCCUGGCCGGGAAGCAGCGCCCCAAGAGCAGGAGGGACAGGAGGGCCAGCGGGGUGGCCGAGGACAAGCCCCUGUCGGUGCCACGGGACAUCGAGCUGCAGCUGGACACCAGCCCCAUCACGGCCGUGGAUGCGCUGGUGCUGCGCCAUUUCCUGGAGUACCAGUGGUUCGUGGAUUUCUCCGUCUACGCCGGCGCCGUGUACGCCUUCAGCGAGGGCUAUUUCUGCCUGGUGAGCCCGGCCCGGGAGAGCAACCUGGGCGUGCUCUGGUGCCUGCUCACCGUCCUCUUCUCCGUCAAGGUGUUCUGCGUGGUGAUGCGUCACUAUUUCCGCUCCGAGGAGGGCGGCGAGCGCUCCGUGUGCCUCACCGCCGCCUUCUUCUUCCUGCUGCUCGCCAUGCUGGCCCUGGUGGUGCGCGAGGAUUACCUGGAGUUCGGCCUCGAGGCCGGCCUGGCCGGAGUCUCCUCUAACCUGGAGCCCAUCCUGAAGCCGCGGGGCUGGGAGUGGACGCUGCCCCUGGCCAGGCUGGCCUUCAAGCUGGGGCUGGUGGCCCUGAGCUCCUUCCUGGGCGCCUGCCUGACCUUCCCGGGGCUGCGCCUGGCACAGACACACCUGGACGCGCUCAGCAUGGCGGCCGGCAAGCCCCUGACACAGCUCCUGCUGCACGUGGGGUUCGUGGCCCCCGUGCUGGUGGUGCUGCUCUGGGUCCGGCCCCUGGCCCGGGAUUUCCUGCUCCAGGCCCCGCUGGGCAAGCAGACGGUGCAGAUCCUGUCGGACGCGGCCUUUGACACGCUGCGGCUCUGGGCCGUGGUGGCGCUGUCGCUGCUGCGGCUGCUGGGGACGCGCCACCACCUGCAGGCGUACCUGGCGCUGGCCGAGCGCUGGGUGCGGCGCAUGCGGCGCCAGGCGGGGCGGAUCCCGGCCCGGGACAUCCAGCGGCAGAUCUCCAGGAUUUACUGCUACGUGUCCGUGGUGAGCCUGCAGUACCUGGGCCCCGUGAUCCUCACGCUGCACUGCGCCCUGCUGCUCAAGACGCUGGGCCAGCACUCCUGGGGGCUGUACCCCGCCGUGUCCCCCGCCGUGUCCCCAGCAGCGCCGGUGGCCCCGCCGCGCCCCGAGGGCGGCCCUGGGGACGCCGAGGACGUGCAGGCGGUGGUGCAGGAGAUCUCGGGGCUGCUGGGCUGCAUCUUCACCCCGCCCUUCUUCCGAGGACUCUUCUCCUUCCUCACCUGGUGGGUGGCCGCCUGCCAGGUGGUCACCAGCCUCUUCGGCCUCUACUUCCACCAGUACCUGGCAGCCUCCUGACUGGGGGCACUGGGAGGGACUGGAGGGACUGGGAGGAACUGGAGGAACUGGG